AUGACGGUGGUGUCUGUCCGAGCUUCCGACCACCUUCUUCCUCCUCUACUUCUCAUUCGCGUGGCCUUUAAGGAACAAAAGCUAAGUCUGUCUACCUGUCCUAGCUCCUCUUCUUAUCUAUGGCACCUGGGAGGGGGAUUCUUGGCUUGGAAGGAAAGUAACAGACUAACUCCAUCUUUGAGAUCACUCAGCACCCAAGCUGCGUUCACUUCCAUCACUCCACAACCACCACCACCUCCUCCGCCUCCGGAAAAGACUCAUUUCGGUGGUCUCAAGGAUGAAGAGACCUCCAUUUACACCAACCUCUUUCUCAAAGGAGCCAUGAAGAGAGGUGAUUGGCAUAGGACCAAAGAUUUGAUCCGGUCUUCGUGGACGCGGUGGUGCUGUAUCCCUUCUGGUCUUAAGUGGUCUUUCAUGCCUAAAGACUCUGAUGGACGUCCUUCUUAUUUGGUUGUCAACGCUGAUGAGAGUGAGCCUGGGACUUGUAAAGAUAGGGAGAUCAUGCGUCAUGACCAUUCACAAGCUGUUGGAAGGAAGGUGAGGAGAGAAGCUUAUGCAGCUGGACUUUUGGGGAAGAAUGCUUGUGGUUCUGGUUAUGAUUUCGAUGUUUAUAUCCACUUUGGCGCUGGCGGGUACAUUUGUGGUGAAGUUGAAAACCUUGAAGGGAAGCAAGGGAAGCCUAGGUUGAAACCUCCUUUCCCUGCUAAUGCUGGUUUAUAUAGUUGUCCCACAACGGUUACUUCAGGGCUAGGAACUGCAGCGGUGAUUGUGAUGGAUAAAUCAACCGAUGUUGUUGAUGCAAUUGCAAGGCUUUCUUACUUCUACAAGCAUGAAAGCUGUGGGCAGUGCACUCCUUGCAGGGAAGGGACAGGUUGGCUUUGGAUGAUCAUGGAGAGGAUGAAAGUUGGGAAUGCAAAGCUGGAAGAGAUUGAUAUGCUUCAGGAGGUGACCAAACAGAUCGAAGGACACACGAUCUAA